AGACUUGCUCCGCACUUCGCGCUUGCUGGUUUUGGUGCUUUCCCUAGUUAGUCAUUGCCAGCUUUGUAAACAAGAUGGGCCCUUCCUUCCUUUCCUUUCCCUUCCCAGCGCCGGCCAAACGACGAUGCGGCUCUGCUGGCGGCGUCGCAUCCGGAAACGCGCUUCGUCGACAGUGGUAUCUUCAUCGAUUUUCUCUUACCAGUUCGAUGAAGUCUACUGAAAGGGCACUGCAGCUCUUUGCACCUUGCCUGAUUCCGCAAAAAUGGUGCUUCUUCCCUGUCCCCGGCUCCAGCUUGACCGCCCCGUCAGUGCCACCGCGCUCGCACAACACUCUGUCAGCAGUUCCAUGCAGGAAGGCUUUUCUGAGGCUUCGGAUGACCAGAAUCUGGAUGACCAUGCCAUUGAGGUGAUCUUCGGACAAUCAAAUAUCACUAUUGACGCUUCGACGACGGCACCCUCCGUCUCCGGUGUGCUAACGGACACAGAAACCGGCAAAAAGGGCAGGAUUAGCUUGUCUCGCUUGUCGGACAAGCUUCGUACGAAGUUUGCGCGUGGAUCCCGCCUUGUGAAAAAGCCUUUGACAAUCUCAGAUGCCCAGAUUGAAAUCGAAGCCCGUACUGAGCCUGGAUGCUCAGACACGGCCCUAAGUGCUUCUCCAAAUAUUCUUGCCAGUAUAGCCGCCAGCGAUUGCGGCUAUGAUAGCGAUGCCCGUCACAUCCUAACGCCGCAGAUUAUUGGGCAGCCAGGAUUUGGCUCCGGUUUAGAACGACCUGAGGCUAUACUUCCCACCAUGGAAGAUAGGCGUGAAUCGUCGCAAGCAUUGCUGCAGAUGGGCUAUGACGGUGCUGUCCCGGAUUCAUUUGGCCUUAGGAUGUCAUAUACCGCUGCCGUUUCUUCCGAAGAUGAGCGUACACCAACGUAUUCUGCGCAAAUACCACUAUCUUCGGGCGAGGCCAACAGGCUCGAAGCAUGCAGACACGAGUGCGGCAUUCCCCGAUAUAGCCUGCUUGAAGCUGAUGAUAAUCAUGAUUCCGAAACACAGUAUAUCAACCUCACUCCAACUCGAAAAUCAAAAUCUGCCAGAGAAAGCGACGAUUGCGCUUCUCUUCGGGCUGUCAAAAGCCCCGUGAAUCCAUCUUGGCCGUUAGAAGACUCUGGGUUGACAGCGAUAGCAGCUGGCAAUAUCGAGACUUUGCCAUAUCAUAAAAGAGAACUUCCUGGAGACCUACGCUUUGAAGGAGCAUUACGCCUGUCCGCGUAUUCCGACCACGAGCCUCAAGAUAUCGUUCCACAAUCGAGUUAUCAGAAGAAUUUGUCAGUCAAAGGCAUGCAGGAGACAUUGAAAUGCAGGGCUUCCUCUGAAGAGAAAGACCUUUCUCUAAGAUUACCCGAAGAAUCCAUGGAUAGAUGCACGGUUAAACCUUCAAGUUUGUUAAGGGAAAAUCAACCGCCAAGGAAUCCACGCAAAACCACAGAGCUAUGUGUCUCCAGGAUUCGCACGUUGCGAUCUACCGCUCAAAGAGAGCAAGGAUCCUUUCUCACAGGACGGAGAUCGUCCCUAAAUUUAGUCCAAAGUCGAUUUAUCGAGAAUCUCGAGGACGUUUUUCUUGACAACCCCUGCGACAUCAACCAGAACAAAGGCAUAAAUGACCAGACAAACGACGAAAUCAAGAAAACCAGCCAAGCUUGGUUGACUGAUGGAAAAAGGCUCGGAUAUAACUAUGACUUUGUGCCAAAUAGCAAGCCUUCGCCGCUUCAGGCUCACGAGAAAUCUAUAGAUCAAUUUGGUCUCGCUACUUCUCCCUCCGCAGGAGAAGCUAGCUCUGAUGCUGAAAAAAAUCUUCCCAAAGAAGAAACCAACCAAGGUAAUGCCGAGAUUAAGCUUCACAAAUCAGCCUGGAAAGAUUCGAAACGUCAGAGCAGGAAGAGUAGCGGGCUUCUUUCACAUCUCAACAUAUUGGUAAAAAGCAGAAGACAUCAGCUAUCGAGCAGCGAGUCUGCUCUGACUAAUAUGAUGCUAUCUGAAGCACGAGGCUCAAAUCUCCAUAUGCCGGAUACCUUUGGAGGUGAUGAAGACGAAAACGCUCCCCAUGAGAGUAAAACUAGGCAGUUUUCCAGAAAAUGGAAAAGACGAUCCAUUUCUGACACUACUGGUUGUCAUUCCUCAACAAGAAGGUCACCAAAUAAUCAAAACAUAGCUUUGCAAGAGCAAAUUGUGGAGGAGUCACCACCAUAUAACACCACGGCUAGCUUCUCCGAACGGUUGCAAGUGGAAAACAAGGCUAUAGCCACAAAUUCACAUGCCUCCUGUAGGGCUCCACCAAAUGGAUUAGCACUGCAAGGACCAAAUUCUGCCGAAGGUUGGUCAAAGAUAUACGAGAACUGCGUUGAGAGGCCCGCAGUGGACGACGAAUUGGGAUCGACUAGUUCAGGUGGUUCGAAUCGUGCACAGUACGCGCGAACCGUACAUGAAACAUUAGAACAGGCCACAAGCUCAGACGGUACGGACUUGCGCGGAUCGACGAUUCGGUUUAACGAGGCACAACUGGCUGCCGAGACGGUAGCCCGCGAAAACCUUCUUAAGAUGGUGAACGAUACGUGGGGAAGGUGA